AUGGGGAGUAUAGGGAUCGAGCCAUUCCAAACGACAUUUGCAGUACCCUUGCACUGCGACUCUUGUGUCAAUGAUGUGAAGGGUGCGCUUCAGAAAGUCGAAGGCGUCGCGAAAAUCGAAGCCAAUCUCAAAGACCAACUUUUUUACAUUGAAGGGACGGCCGCUCCUUCAUCAAUCGUGUCAGCCAUUGAAUCUACCGGCAGGGACGCGAUCUUACGGGGCAGCGGGACGAACGACUCUGCCAGCGUGUGCAUCCUGGAAACUCACGCAAAAGGCGUGUCAGAUCCCGUGCGUGGCCUUGCGCGCAUGGUCCAAGUCGGUGGCAGUCGGACACUGGUGGACCUGACGCUGCGCGGGGUAUCUCCGGGUACAUAUCAUGCCACGAUAAGGGAGACGGGUGACAUCUCACGUGGAGCAGCCUCGACGGGGGGCAUCUGGGAAGCCGUCAGGCAGAUGGCGGGCUUCGGGCAGCCUCGGGGCACGUUUGGCACUGUCCAGGUGGGUAAGGACGGACGAGGCAGUGCAUUCCUGGAUCGCUCGGUGUCUGUGUGGGAGAUUAUCGGUCGCGGCAUGGUGGUGUCGAAACAGCAGCACGAGGAAGCGUUUCAGACCGACGACCCAGAUACCCUGGUCGGAGUCAUAGCUCGGAGUGCCGGAGUGUGGGACAACGACAAGACUGUGUGCAGCUGUUCGGGGAAGACGGUCUGGCAGGAGCGCAAAGAGCAGGUUGGGAAGGGGAUGCUAUGA